GUGAAGCACUGGUGAUUUCUGAUAUUAGAUCAGCAUUUCGGUUCAGAUUUUAAAAAGGUGAAAUUGACUACGUGUUAAUACAGGCAAACUCUUUGGGUUACUCUUAGCGAAUUGAGUGGAUGCUGUAAUUGACAUCUGAACAUAUCAUUCAUGAAUAGGAUUAAAAGUAUAUCUGUGGGAAAAUGUGAUUUUCUUGGUGACAGUACUUCACAAGACAACCUGUUAUAUAUAUAUAUAUUUUUUUUUCAGUUUUGAGGUGCUCUUGUCAAUUUGUCCUCAAAUAUAAACGCUAUUGAUUUGUUUCAUAAUCUGAUCCAAAUCAUGCAAUCUCAAUACCCUACCAUAAGCUUUUCUUUGGAGUUCUGUGCAAGUCACGUAUAGAGAGAAUUCCAUGUUUUUUUGUAAACUUUCGCUCAAUAUCGUUCUACCUUGCAUUCAUUUAUAUCAGACGCGAUAAACGUUGUGAGAAGGGUGGGACAAUGACUUUGAGUGACAAGUGUUGACGCGCCGAUGUGGGCGGGGACAGUAGGAGGAAGUGGAGCCCAGCAACCUCUGGUACGACUGGAGGCUUUCAGAAACAAAAUCGGGCAGAGCAGCGAUUAUUAAUUUGACACAAGCGCUUUUAUUGUGAGUAUGCAUAACAAGAGAUUUCAUUAGUUAAGAUUUUUGUGUACAUGAAGACUGGACUCAGUUCAUUCUGAGGCGUCUGUCGAUUUUCAUGAACGUUAACGUUUGCUAGCUACAGCCAGUUACACCAACGUUAUUGGUAUGUUGGUGAGUCGACACACCUUCUGAAGUACCGUGUGUUGGUGGUGUUUGCAUGAAACACAGAGAUGUCACCAGAAGAGCUGGUCUACCUGGGAUUCAUUGCAGCUUCAAUACCUAUUGGGUUCCUUUUCCGUUAUCUUAGUCCUCCAGUCAAGCAGGGGGCAGCAUUGCUGUUAGGUCUGACUAUAACUAUAGCAACCUGUGGAAUCCACACCCUACAUUCUCUGAUUACGGUUUUGGGAACAUGGAUCAUCAUCAGGCUCGGCUGGAGGAGUGCCCCCGCCUUCUCUCUGGGCUGGACCUUCCUCUACCUCCUCUUCUUCCGUUUGGCCACUUGGGUCGGCCUUCCCCAACCCACACCAUUCUCCAAUGCCAUUCAGCUUAUACUCACUCUCAAGAUGGUUAGUGUAGCCAAUGAGGUGAAGUGUUUUCACUUGGAAAAGAAAAAGGAAGUGAGCUCAUUCUCCAAAUCACCUGUGGUGGGCGGGCUUCUCCACGAGCCCUCCCUCUAUGAUGUCAUAUCCUAUAGCUACUGCUAUGUGGGUAUAAUGACAGGUCCGUUCUUCCGGUACCAGACGUAUAUAGACUGGCUGCAGCAGCCUCGUCCGCUCUCCCUGCCUGGGCUGGACCCCUGCCUGCACCGGCUGCGCAUGGUGCCUGUCUACGCGGCGCUCUUCCUCUCCGUUAACGUCGUCUUCCCCCUGGCCUACGUCCGCACGGACGAGUUUCUGGAGCACAACUUCUUUUUCAGGUUCCUCUACAUGGUCGCUGUGUUCUUUGUGUUCCGGAUGCGGUUCUACUCGGCGUGGUGUGGGGCAGAGGCAGGCUGCAUCAGCGCAGGACUGGGCUGCUACCCAGAGGGGGCGCUGUCCAAGCCUGGAGGGGGACCCACCGUUCAGUUCAGCUCUGACCCUGACACCCCGGUGCAGUAUGACUUCAAAACCAUCCAGAACAUCGACUGCUUCAACACAGACUUCUGUGUGAAGGUGAGGCACGGCAUGCGCUACUGGAACAUGACGGUCCAGUGGUGGCUUCACCAUUACAUCUACCCCAACGCCCCCUUCAAAGCAUACGCGCUCAGGGCUGGCUGGACCAUGCUCAUCAGUGCCUACUGGCACGGCCUCCACGCGGGUUACUACCUCUCCUUCCUCACCAUCCCCCUGUGCAUCGCCGCCGAGACGUCCAUGGAGGCCUCGGUCCGGUCGCGCCUGGGCCCCCGCGGCCAGAGCGCCUUCGACUGGGUCCACUGGUUCCUGAAGAUGCGCGCCUACGACUACAUGUGCAUGGGCUUCGUGCUGCUCAAGGCCGGCGACACCGUCAGCUACUGGAGCUCCAUCUACUUCAGCAUGCACCUGAUCGCCGUCGCCUGCAUUCUGUUCGGGCGGCUGUUCAAGGGAGGCCGGAGGGAGAGGAAGGGAGCGAGCGAGGGAGAGAAGGCAGAGGAGGAGAGGAAGAGCGAGGGAGAGAAGGCAGAGGAGGAGAGAAAGAGCGAGGGAGAGAAGGCAGAGGAGGAGAGGAAGAUUGAGGGAGAAAAGGCAGAGGAGGAGAGGAAGAGCGAGGAGCAGGAAGUUGUUAGGGAAAAGACAGAGUGAUGCUCGAUGUCUGAGUGGCGGAAGUGACCAUAGACAUAUAUAGAUAUAGAUAUAUACGUCUAUGGAGGUGACUAUCAGGGAGGGGCACGUGGUGGUGGGAAAAAGGAUGUUUACUCUGAAAAUAAGACCCGCAGGUCUCAGCACUGUCAACAUGCUGUUUGAACUCUGUUGUGCGUUUAGCCAUGCCGUUCGUGAGCAAAGGUAUCAGGUUACAUUGUGCGUGUGUGUGUGCGUGUGCGUGUGCGUGUGCGCGUGUGCUUGUGCAUGUGCGUGCGUGUGUGUGUGUGUGUGUGUGUGUGUGUGUGUGCGAAGCAGGGGAGAGGACUGAGGAAUGGGAGGUUCCACACGAAUGUCAUUCUUACCAUGGGCGAGGCCAGUGCAGAUGAUCAUGUGAGGGCAACUGUAAUGCAACUUUAAUGUCAUUAUUGCACAAAUUAAGUAAUAUAGGCAAGUAAGACAAGCAAUUCUAACUACCUGGUCAUAUUUCAUCUCUUCCAAAACACACACGCACACACAUAUAUAUAUAUAUGGUGUGUGUGUGUGUGUGUGUGUGUGUGUGUGUGUGGAUGUGUGCUUGUAGGUAUGUAUAUGUAUAGAUAUACACAGUAGGGCAGACUGAUCUUAUAAAAAUGCCCCACAAAUGUAAGAUACCUUGGCUUAAAUACCCCUUGUAAAGAAAAUAAUUUUGUGUUUUACAGACCUGUAUUUUUUCAAAAGCUAAACUAAAUCAUUUGAGUAAAUUACAUGAUGAUGCCUGUAAAAUAUUAUUAUUAUCAUAAGGUACAGUUAUCUAUGGUACCAAUUAACACUGAAAUCAAACCUUUGGGGCAAAAGAGGCUUGAAAGAAAGCAGUCUGAAGUUUCUGCUUCUGGUUGCAAACAUGCCCUCUCAUUUUUGCACCUCUGUCUGUCAGGAUAUGUGUGGUGUAUGUACACGCAGACAUAUGCAAGCCAUACAUUCCAGCGCCAACAUUCUUUGUUUGGACCCCACUUUAAAUAGGUCCUUCUUCUGUGUUCAUACUUCCUUGCUGAAAAGUAUAAAGUGUGUUUUUAGUUUUAAGGUUUAAUAGAGUAACAGCUCACGGAGCAGUGACUGGAAUGUCCCACUUUCCUUUCUGUCCUAGACAGCAGCUGUGUCUGUCCAGUCUUUGGACCCAGUCUAGAGUUAGGCCCGGGCUCGGGCCAGAUCAGGUCAUGUUUAGUGGGAUAGAAAGUUAUGAAUCUGAUCUCGCUCUUUAAAGUCAGGAUUGUCCAUGUCUUUGAUUUAUUUAUUUUUUUAAUUUUUGGAGUGCUUUGAGCGUACCCUCUUCUUUUUCCAUGACCGUGAGCACCUUGUGUAUCACCAUUUCUCGUAUUUGUUAGACUUGGAAAGUCUCUGAGCCUUGAGUUUACUCUUGACUGCUACGGUUGUUUCGCUGGACUGGUGUGUGUUUUUCUCCUUUUGUUUUUAUUUAUUUUAUUUGUCCUUCACUGUGAAUCAUCACUGAUCCCGUUGUCUAAAGUGUCCACAGUGCUCCAUCAGACCAGGCUGUUAAACUCCACGUCAUCCACGUUUCAGAUUUUGCAAUACUGUGCAGACCUAGACAGACAGGCAACUUCUUAACAUGUAAUCUUAAUGUUGGCUGAGAACUGAAUGUUUAUCUGGAUAAAGAUUAGUGCCUGCUGGUGGGAUAUCUGCUCUCCUGACUACUUAUGUUCAAACAUGGAUGUUAAAGUCUGAGGUGUAUUUAUUUCCAAUGUACCUUUGUUUUGCCCCCUUUUUCCAAUUUUGAUCCAGAAUUUGAAUUCAGAAAUUAGAUAUUAGCAAUUGUUUAUGUCCGUAUACAUUGGCCCAGGACUAAUAUAAACUUUAGCUUUGUCUUUGAGUUUCUUUUACCAGUAUGUUACCAUUACAUUACAUGUUUUCACAUUUGAGUUAUGAUGUCAUAACUUUGUUUUAUUGCUCUCAUUUCUUUUCUCACCAUGUGUGUGUGUGCUAUGUGUGCAAGGUAGCAGUGUGGUGUGCAUGCCUGUGUGCACAUUGGUGCAUCUUUCUUCUUCUCUUGUAGUUCAUUACUGCCAUAUCAUGUACUUGGACCGUGUGUGUUUUGGAGCAAUGGGCACUUUACCACGGCUCUGAGACAGUUUGUCUCCACACCGAAGCCUGAACAUCGUGACGUACUGUAAUGUAAUAUUAUACCUAAUACCUAAUGUUAUACCUAAUAUUAAUUAGGUAACUGUGACCUAAUUACAUUUUUCUCGUGUGCACAUUCCAUGCGGACUGCACCCAAAUGGUAACUGGGGUUCGCCAGAUCCCCGCCACAUCUCAACCCGAUCCAUUCUAGCUGCUCUCUGGACUGUUGUAACAUCAUGAUUGUGAUUGAUUAAUCAACACUGAUCAAAUUUCAGUUGUCCAUGACUGGUUGUUGUUUAUGGUUCUGCAAGGACAAGUUUGUCCAUCCAUAACCUGACAUCAUCUUAACCCCCCCCCCCCCCACCCCCUCUCCUGUACUAAAUCCAUUAGAUUCCUGUAGAAACAGUAGCUUUAUUUGUAUGAUGACUUAUUGUUUAACUGAAACUCAGAAGCCCUAUUUUUAAAAACCAGUCUAAAUUUAAAACAUGUUCUUUUAGGUAUUCCCGGGAUUCCCUUGCAUGUACGUUGUCUGUUAUUUCUUUUCUGAUUCAUUCCUGUGACCAUUUCCAUUGGUGGCUCAUUACUUUGUUGCUAUGACGAUUGUAACAUCCCCUGCCUUAUAACAGUUUUACAGUGUUACCAAUAAAGUACAUCUUUGCAUUA